CGUGAUCCCUUUUAAUCAUUUGAAACAUUGAAAACUUUUGCAGAAGGGAAUUGGAUUACCAUGCAUGUUUUAAUUGGUUGAUACCAAGUGACAGAAUGCAUUAGAAAUAGCAAUAGCAAAGUCUUUAGGCGUUGGUAUUUAAAUCCAUCAACCCUCAGGCCCCUACAAUCUCCCCUCUGCUUUCCUUUCUCUUUUCGAACCACCAUGGUUGUGUUGUCACAGCCACCAGCAUUAGAGCAUUGUUCCUUGAUCAAAACAUGCAAGCCUACAUGUGUUUUCACAGGGAUUCCGGUGAUUGACCUAAGGGACCCGGAAGCAAAGACCCUCAUAGUCAAGGCCUGUGAAGAGUAUGGCUUCUUCAAACUGAUCAAUCAUGGUGUUCCAAUGGAAUUCAUGACCAGAUUGGAAGCUGAAGCUCUUAGCUUCUUUAACCUCCCCCAGUCUGACAAGGACAAAGCUACCCCUUUUGGCUAUGGCAGCAACAAAAUUGGACCAAAUGGUGAUGUGGGAUGGAUUGAAUAUCUCCUUGUCAAUACCAAUCCUCAACUCACCUCCCUCAAAACUCUUUCAGAAAAUUUCUGCUAUGCAGUGAAUGACUAUAUCCUAGCAGUGAAGAGAUUGGCAUUUGAAGUAGUGGAAAUAAUGGCCGAUGGCCUGGAAAUUGAGCCAAGGAAUGUGUUGAGUAGGUUAUUAAGAGAUGAGAAGAGUGACUCGUGUUUCAGGCUAAACCACUAUCCACCAUGCCCACAGCUACAGGCAUUGAGUGGUAGAAAUUUAAUUGGGUUUGGGGAACAUACAGACCCACAGAUAAUUUCUAUCCUAAGAUCCAACAACACAUCAGGCCUGCAAAUAUGUCUGAGAGAUAGGACUUGGGUUUCAGUCCCUCCUGAUCAAACCUCCUUUUUCAUCAGUGUUGGUGAUGCCUUGCAGGUAAUGAGUAAUGGGAGGCUAAGAAGUGUAAGGCAUAGGGUGUUAACAGACUCAAUGAAAUCAAGGGUUUCAAUGAUCUAUUUUGGAGGGCCACCUAUGAGUGAAAAGAUAGUGGCUUUACCUUGUCUAAUGGCAAAGGGAGAAGAGAGCUUGUACAAGGAAUUCACAUGGUGGGAAUACAAAACUUGUGCAUACAAUUCAAGGUUGGGUGCUAAUAGGCUUGGGCUGUUUGAGAAAACUGCUAAUGCAAGCCUAUGAUGCUUGUGAAAGCUCCUCCCCCCUAGUUUGGAUAAUACUUUGGAUUUUGUUGCCAUAGAUUUUUUCUUUUACUGAUAAUACUAUUGGGUU